AUGCCUCAGCCCUGGCACUACCCUAGCCUUGCCUUGGCAUUUGCCCUACUCUCUCUGUGGCCUGGCUCUGGCCCUGCCUUGCAAAGGCCAUGCUCUGCCCUGCGUGUCCCAGCCUGGGCCCAGCCCUGGUCUUACCAUAUUCCUGGCCCCAGCCGUACCCUUGUUUUGGCCCUGACCUUGCCCUGGCCCUCUCCUGGCCCUUCCUUGGUCAUGCCCUGCCCUUCCAUGCCCUGGCCUUGCCCUUACCCUGCAUUGUCCCUGCACUGUUCCUACCCUGCCCUGGCACUGCCUUGGCCCAGCCCUGGCCUUGCCCUUGCCCUGCCCUGGCCUGACCCCAGGCCUACCGAGUCCCUUAAAUGGCCCUGGACCUGCCUUGCCAUUCUCUGUCCUGGCCAUGUAUUGUCCCCACCAUGCUCUGGUCCAGCGCUUGCCCUGGCCCUGUUGCUAGUCUUGCCACUACUAUGGCCCUGCCCAGUUUUUGGCCAUGCCCUGUGCUACCCGAGCCCUGCCCUGCCUUGGCCUUGGCCCUACCAUGGCCUUCUCCUACCCUGGCCUGGCCCUACCCUGGUCUUUUCUACCCUGGCCUUGCCCUUCCCUGGUCUUGCCCUGCACUGGCCUUGCCCUGCCCUGGCCUUGGCUUUGCCUUGUUCUGGUCCUGGUUCUGCCCUGGCCCUGCCCUUGCUCUGGAUCCUUUCUGGUUCUGCCUUCUCCCUGUCCUGUCCUGGACCUGAACUCGCCCUGGACCUACCCUCACCCUACACUGGCCCUGCCCUACCUUGGCCUUGCCCUGCCCUGGCCCUGCCUUUGGCCUGCCCUGGCUCUGGUUCUGCCGUGGACUUGCCCUUGCCCUGGACCCUCCCUGGCCAUGAUUUUCCAUGGUCCUUCUCUGGCCUUGCCCUUGCCCUGUCCCCUUUCUGGUCCUGCCAUGUUUCUGGCCCUGCCCUGUCCAUGUCCUGGACCUGGCUCUGGCCCUGGACCUCCCUGUCCCUGCCCUGCCAUACCCUGGCUCGUUCCUUGCUCUACACUGACCCUGCCCUGUCUUGGCCCUGUGCUACCCUAGCCCUGCCCUGGUCUUCUGCUGGCCCUGAUCCUGCCAUGGUCCUGGCCCUGGUUCUGCCCUGCUUCUGA